AUGAGAAAGUUCGAUGUGGCCGCAAAGUCUCAGCUGAAGAAAGUGCAGAAAAUCUGGGCGCGGGAAGUGGCCAAGCAGGCGGAAAAGGCGAAGAAAGACGCGGACGAGGCGGAAAAUCGGUUGCGGAAUCUGGAGGAUGCCAAGAAGGUGGUCAUCGAAGAGGAUGCCAGUCUGCCGAGUGCUCAGCCUGUCAAGAUAUCGCAGGCCAAGGAUCACCGCAACAAACGGGUCAAGAUAUUCGGAUGGGUGCACCGGCUUAGAAGACAGGGUAAGUCAUUGAUGUUCAUGACACUGCGAGACGGUACUGGAUUCGUGCAGUGUGUGCUGAAUGACAAGCUGUGUCAGACCUAUGACGCUCUGGUGCUCUCCACUGAAUCAGCUGUCCAACUGUUCGGAGUCAUCCAGCCUGUGCCUGAAGGCAAAACUGCACCAGGUGGCCAUGAGUUGAUGGUUGACUACUGGCGGGUGGUGGGUGGUGCACCGUCCGGUGGAGCGGACACCAUUCUCAACGAAGACGCGCUGCCAGAUGUCCAACUCGACAACCGACACAUCAUGAUUCGCGGCGAAAACACGGCUCGUGUGCUGCGCAUGCGUUCUGUGAUAAUGAAGGCGUUCAGAGACCACUACUACGACCGAGGCUACAGUGAGGUGACUCCGCCCACCCUGGUUCAAACCCAAGUCGAAGGUGGCUCCACACUAUUCAAACUCAACUAUUUCAAUGAGGAAGCCUAUCUGACACAGAGCUCUCAGCUGUACUUGGAAACGUGUAUCCCGGCGUUGGGUGACGUCUACUGCAUCGCACAGAGCUAUCGCGCUGAGCAAAGUAGAACCAGGAGACAUCUUGCUGAAUACACGCACGUGGAGGCCGAGUGUCCAUUUAUCACGUUUGAAGAGCUGCUGGAUAGAAUUGAGGAUUUGAUUUGUGAUGUUGUGAAGAGGGUAUUGGAAUCGCCCGAUGGAGAAAUCGUCCGCAUGCUCAAUCCGGAUUUCAAAGUUCCAGAGAAGCCGUUCAUGCGUAUGAACUACUCAGAUGCCAUCAAAUACUUGAGGGAAAACGACAUCACAAAAGAGGAUGGAACUUUCUAUGAGUUUGGUGAGGACAUUCCAGAAAUGCCAGAGAGAAAGAUGACCGAUAAAAUAAAUAAGCCGAUCAUGUUGUGCCGCUUUCCCGCCGAAAUCAAGUCGUUCUACAUGCAGAAGUGUCCUGAAGACGCACGGCUCACUGAAUCUGUUGACGUGCUUCUGCCGAACGUGGGCGAAAUAGUGGGUGGAUCGAUGCGUAUCUGGGACUACGACGAAUUGAUAGCGGGAUACCAGCGAGAGGGCAUUGACCCGUCUGCUUACUACUGGUACACAGAUCAACGCAAGUACGGCAGCUGCCCUCACGGUGGAUAUGGUCUCGGCUUGGAGCGAUUGCUCUGCUGGCUGUUGAACAGAUAUCACAUACGCGACGUCUGUCUCUAUCCGCGCUUCCUUGGUCGCUGCAAACCAUAA